AUGGCAAAGCAUGAGAACCAUUUUAUGCAGCUUUAUAAUUUUGAAUACGAAUUCGACAAGAGCAUCGAAGAACUUGAAAGAGAAGUUGAUCUUCAAUCCAAAGAAGAAGAACUGAAUAGUUGUGUUGAGUUUAUUUCACAACUUGUUGAUUUAAUGAAGCAUACGAUUAUUAUUCCUGAAUUACAAAGCAAACACGAUUGGGAUGAUGGUCAUGAGCACCAAUUGAAACGUAACAAAGGAAGCAGUGGAAAUAGUCUUCUUGAUGAUCGUGUUCAACUGAUCGUCAUGGAAAAAGGCCUAAGCACGGAGCAAUGGAAACGUCUUCUUUAUUUGAAUUUUACAGCUGGGGAUACUUUGGAAAUGAUCAGUGUUUCUCGAGCCCAUCUGAAGAAGGUUCACGACAUGGCCGUACGAUUGCUCGAAGGGGAGGAAAAGGAAACUGCGCUUGUCCUUAUUGAUGCGAUUACGAAAUACAUGCCAGAAGAGUAUUAUAUUGAUUAA